AGGAGCGGUGUCCUCGGGGGCGUGGCCUGCAGGACAUGAGAAAUGACGUCACCGCCGCCCGUCGAGCGAGCAGUCAAACAAACAUGGCGAGAGAAUGGAGCGGCCAACAGGGUUACAUCGUCACUGUCCUCCUCUUCCUGUGCAGCGCCGACGGAGCUCGCUCGGAAGCGGCGACGGCGACGGCCGGUGCGGGACGAGGCGGCGACCGCACCGCCAGCGCCGCCGCCGCCGCCGCCACUCAGGUGCUUGGCAUGCGGCUGGAGACGAGCGACAAGCCGGCCAGCACCGGGGACGACGGAGUGCUGCAGGUGACCGAGGACAGCUCCGUGCAGCUCCGCUUCUACGGCCUGCGGCUGCAUCCCGGAGCUUGGACGCUCAUCCGCUUCGCCGAGCUGGAGGAUGACGACGACGAGCAAACCGACGCCGCCGCCGACGACGAGGCCACCUGCUCGGACUUCACCAAGGACAUCGCGGUCGGGACCUUCAUGAACGUCAGCGGCCGGGCCACGUCGGGGCUCCUGCGCGUGCACGUCAAGCCUCUGCGCAAGAGCGAGCCCAGCAGCCUCUACGCGCUGUGCACGCGCCCGGAGAACGGCGGCUGGCGGACGCUGGGCGACCGCGACGGGCGCCUGCUGGUCGUGGAAGAGAAGAAGUCGCUUCUGCCGCUCUGGCUGCAGGUGAUCCUGAUCUCCUGCCUGCUGGUGCUAUCGGGCAUGUUCAGCGGGCUGAACUUGGGCCUGAUGGCGCUGGACCCCAUGGAGCUGCGCAUCGUGCAGAGCUGCGGCACGGACAAGGAGAAGAAGUACGCCCGGAAGAUCGAGCCCAUCCGCAGCAAGGGCAACUACCUGCUGUGCUCGCUGCUCCUGGGCAACGUGCUGGUCAACACCACGCUGACCAUCCUGCUGGACGACCUGAUCGGAUCGGGCCUGGGGGCCGUGGUGGCCUCCACCGUCGGCAUAGUCAUCUUCGGCGAGAUCGUGCCCCAGGCGCUGUGCUCGCGCCACGGGUUGGCGGUGGGCGCCAACACCAUCGCGCUCACCAAGUUCUUCAUGUUCCUCACCUUCCCGCUCUCGUGGCCCGUCAGCAAGAUCCUGGACGUGCUGCUGGGCCAGGAGAUCGGGACCGUCUACAACCGCGAGAAGCUGGUGGAGAUGCUCAAGGUCACCGAGCCCUACAACGACCUGGACAAGGAGGAGCUCAACAUGAUCCAGGGCGCGCUGGAGCUGCGCACCAAGACGGUGGAGGAUGUCAUGACGCCGCUCACAGACUGCUUCAUGAUCCAGGCCGACGCCGUUUUGGACUUCGACACCAUGUCGGAGAUCAUGGAGAGCGGCUACACGCGCAUCCCCGUCUAUGACGACGAGCGCUGUAACAUCGUGGACAUCCUCUAUGUCAAGGACUUGGCAUUCGUGGACCCGGACGACUGUACCACGCUCAAGACCGUCACCAAGUUCUACAACCAUCCGGUGCACUUUGUCUUCCACGACACCAAAUUGGACACCAUGUUGGAGGAGUUCAAGAAAGGUAAAUCCCACUUGGCCAUCGUGCAGAAGGUGAACAACGAGGGCGAGGGCGACCCCUUCUACGAGGUGCUGGGUUUGGUCACCCUGGAGGACGUGAUCGAGGAAAUCAUCAAGUCGGAAAUCCUGGACGAGUCCGAUCUGUACAACAACCGCAACAAGAAGCGAGUGGACGCCAACAAGAACAAGCGCGACUUCUCGGCGUUCAAGCACGAGGGCGACGCCAAGGCCAAGAUCUCGCCACAACUCAUGCUGGCCGCCCAUCGCUUCCUGGCCACGGAGGUGAGCCUCUUUGGCGCCUUCCACGUGAGCGACAAGGUCCUGCUGCGGAUCUUGAGGCAUCCCGACGUGGUGCGCGAGCUCAAGUUUGACGACAACGACAAGCGAGCGCCGCAGCACUUCCUGUACCAGCGUGGCAAGCCCGUCGACUACUUUGUGCUCAUCCUACAAGGUCGAGUGGAGGUGGAGGCCGGAAACGAGAACAUGAAGUUUGAGACGGGCCCCUUCUCCUACUACGGCGUCAUGGCGCUCAGCACGCCAUCGCUGGCCGUGACCCCGCCCCUGUCCCCGUCGGUGGCGUCCCCCCCUCCGAGGCGCCUCUCUCUUAAGAGGUUUUCCGUGUUCUCUCGCUUCCCAGAGUUCCGUUCUCCGUCCCACGGGGGCAACCUGAACCGCUCGGCGUCCAUCAGCUGCGGCGAACGCGGCGGUCCAGAGAGCGGCUCCAUUGGCGGCAGCAACAGUCAAAUCCCGGGAACGCCCUUCCAGUACAUUCCGGACUUCUGCGUGCGAGCGCUCAGCGACUUGCAGUUCGUCAAGAUCACACGAGCGCAGUACCAGAACGGCCUGCUGGCGUCGCGUCUGGACAGCGCGCCGCAGUCUCCCGAAGGAAGCCAACUGCGUCUGGACGCGGCGGCGGCACCGACUCUCGCCACGCCGCCUGCCAAGCGUCCGCAGACCGACGCUCAGUCCGCCCGCGCCGCCGACCCGGCCGCCCCGCGUCGAGCCACGCCACCCGGGGACGGUGACGUCGUCCCGGGGGAGACCGCCACGCUCCUGGGUGAGCAGCGCAAUUGCGGGGACCCUCGACGGCCCGGACAGUCCCUUCCGCACUCUCGUGCCGAGAGUACCAUUUGACACAUCUUGCUUCCUUUUCCUCCGAGAAUGCCGUGUGAAGUUUACGGGCGCAAAAUGGGUCAUCCAACAGAGUAACGGGCGAACGACGGCCCGAUACCCCCCGGUCCACUGGCCCCGUACUUUAUAUGGGCCGUCGAGCCGGGAUGAGGUAGCGUCAAAGAUGUAGGACGACCCACUGGCCUCUUUCUCUAUGCCCCUUUGCUGGAUUUUCACGGAACCAGCUGAGAUUUACCUGGCUUCAGGUGUAGUAACUUAGGCCUUUCCAAAAUCGGCAAUUCCCUUUGAAAGACUCAAAAUUGAAGGAGCGGUCAAAGUCGACCCAGGAACUUCCCGGGUCCAGAGGUAGCAACACUGCCCCCAUGACUUUUUGCUGUUCUGUGCGAACGGAACAAGGUUUGUGGUCAGUUUCCAAAUUUCAGAGGUCGUAUCAGAAAUGAACGAUGAGUCAACUGUUCAACUGCUUGCGUGAAAGGCACUAACACAGAAAGGGGUAGUCAAAAUAUUGACCCAGUAAAGGAUACGUUCAAUUCCAAUUUCUUUGCCCACAAAUCUCAUAUUUUACACGCAGUAUGAGCAGUCCAAUUCGGAACUUUUCGUAUCCAGACCGGGCCUCCUUCCUUCAUAUGUGGAUACCAAUCAGAUAUGAAUACAAUGACCCCGCACUACGACCGUUCAUUCGUACGCAUCCGAUAUUAUCAUCAGAACAAAAAUAAUUGAAUUACCGUAUUAGCCCGAAUAUAAGAAGGCCCCGAAUAUAAGACGACCCUCUCUUUUUCAAGACUCAAGUUUGAAAAAAGACCUUUUGAACACUAAAUUAUUUUUUAUACAGAAAAUAAUUACAGUACAUCUGGAACAAAUGAUUAUAACAAUAUUAGGGCUGUCAAACGAUUAAAAUUUUUAAUCGAGUUAAUCACAGCUUAAAAAUUAAUGAAUCGUAAUUAAUCGCAAUCAAACCACCUAUGAAAUAUGCCAUAUUUUUCUGUAAAUUAUUGUUGGAAUGGAAAGACACAAGACAGAUAUGCUGUCCUCACUCCGAAGCGUCUACUUUUUCCCAAGCUACACAGCUUGUGAACGACGCCUUAAUAAUCAGACUUCUUCCUUUUUCAUCUGAUUUAUUCAUAAAAUGGCCUCAAACCAUUGUCCUCUUUAGACCGUCGUAAAACUACAAAAAAAGUACUCAAGCAUUGCAUUAGCAACAACGUUAGCUUAGCACGCUAGACAAGUUCACUAAACAUAAACAAAAAGCGUCUCAUACAAUAAAUAUAACAUUUCGCUUACUAACAUAAUAUGUACAUUCUUUACAACAACCAUACUUACGGACAAAUCUUGUCCAAGGAUCAAAACACAACAUUACAAUUUAGGCUUCAGCCAGAGACAUCGUGCAGCCAUAUUGAAUUGGCAAGAA